AUGGGAUCUGUAAUGCAACCGAACACUCCACCAAAAUUGUCGCGGCGCGCCGGGCAUUUAGCAGCUCUUCCGACCCCAAUUGAGCGCAGCUCAGCUUCUAAAAUGCAAAAUUUACUUGUCAUUGGUUUUUCUCUACUCUGCCUUGUUUCGGCCUACCAGGAUCCCAAAAUUGACCACAGGGAAGUUCGAUGUUUAGUAUGUAAAGCAGUAGUUGAUGAAAUGGACAAAGCAGUAGAAAAAGUUGAUCCUAAAAGAAAAGUAGAUAUUGGGGGUUAUCGUUUGGAUUCAUAUGGAAACAAAGAACAAAAACAGGUUCAAUAUGCUCGCUCUGAGCUUCAUCUCACAGAAGUUAUGGAAGAGGUGUGCAAUAAAAUGGAUGAUUACGUGCGAGGCAGAUUCAAAAGUAACAAUGUCCUCACUCUCUUGAAACUCAUUGACGAUAGUGGCAGUAUGAAUCCAUUGAUGAGUGAAGUUGAUCUCAUCCAAGAUUCAGACCUGAAUAAGAGUCUCAAAUUCUAUUGUGAAGGUAUCGUUGAAGAAUUCGAAGAACCAAUUCUUAAAUUAUAUGCAGACCAUGCUGAAAAUAUGAAAACUCGUUUAUGUGUAGAUUCAACUAAUCUCUGCCCAAGCAGUACAGAUGAAGACAAUGAUACUGAAUCAGAUUAUUUUUCUGAGGAAAGAGAUGAACUGUGAAAAUUUCCUAUUUUUAUGUUUUGAAAAAAAGUGUUCUCCUCUAAAAUGUUCACACUCAUUUUUUGAAAAUAAUUUUUAAAUUUUGAAUUAAUGGAAGAAACAAAAAUGUUGCUGUCUGUUAUUGUUCAAGGCAGAAAGCUACUUGUAUUUCAAAAUUUUGUUUCACUGAUGAAUUUCAUUAAUCCUUGAUUUCUGUGAUUUCAUGCUCAGUAGUAAGCAGUAUUUUCCAGGCAUUGUAAUAGUUGAAUGAGCUAUCGUGAUCUUGUAUCAAGAAAAGAACAGUAUUUGUGUGUAUUGUAAUAUGUUGGGUGAAAUAUUAAAUUGUAUUUAAAUUUUCUCAAGUGUUUUUUAUAAAAUGGGUAGAAGAGCAGGCUUGAUGGCUUGAACCUUGCCAAGUAUAAUAAGGCAUUAUUAGAUUAGAUAAAUUAUUUGCCAUUGCUUUGUUUUGAAUUGUAAUUGGAAGAAUGGCAAAUUUUUUUUGAAUGCAUAUAAAUUGGUAUUGCAAUUAACAAUGAAGUCCCAACCAAUAUGCAAUAUAUAUUGGAUAAAUUUUAUUAAUAUUUUGAUAUAUUGGUUUCUUUUGAUUUGAGGUCCAGGAUGAUAGGAAAAAUAAUUUAGUAUUAAUAGACUGCGUUGGUUUGCACAAUUCAAAACCAAUAUGUGAUAAUUUGUAUAUGACAAUAUUCUUGUUCCCGAAUUACUUGUAUAUCCAUAUUCCUUUCACAGUGCAAUAUAAAUUCAAUCGUGUCAUUCAUAGAAAAUGCCAAAUCAAAUACAAGAAACGAAUAAAAUAUUGAAUCCAAAACUUGGAUUGGUGUUAUUGGUUUUCACUGUAUAAAGAAAUAUUACUUGAAAAAUUAUUCAAAUAUUUAAAAAUUGCACAUACAUCAUUAAAUUUUGUAAAAGCAGUAUGUGUACAUGGCAAGGGCAGUGUCAUUCAUAUGGCUUGACUUUUGAUCAGAAAAAAAUUGAAUUGUGACAUAGAUCUCACUCCAUUAUAAAAUUGUAUGGUUCUAUUGAAGUGAAGAAAGAGGGGUGUAUUAUUUUAGCAUUAUCAGUUAUGCGUGAGUGAAUAUCAAAAAAUUGCAUGUUUUGUAUUCAUUCUCAGAAAAGUUGUGUAUUUUGCUGAAUGUAGUUUCUACAUCAGUGCACUCAUUGUUUUGAAUAAUUAAUUUGUGGAAUUUAAACUUUUCUAGAUUAAACUUUUUUUCAUUUAUUGAGAUGUAAAACUACAUUUUUAUACAUAAUGUAUUUCUUCCAGUCAUUAUUAUUCAUUGAUUGUUCUUAAUUCUUGUUUGUAGCAGUUGUUUUGUUGGGUUUGGAUUGAGUGUUGAAAAUGCAGGAAGUGAUCUAAGGAUAUUUAAGAGUCAUGUAUGCAAGUGCUUCAUUUUUUUGCAUCAUUUUUAUUUAUUUUGUAGGUUGUGAAAAUGAUAUAACAAUCUAAACAAAAUGAAUAGAAAAUUGUAGUUUUGUUUGAUGGAAUUUUAGUACAUUGAAGUAACUUAAUGAUCCUUAUUUCCUAAAAUGAUGAAUGACUUGAUAAAAUCUCUUAUUGAACUAGAGUGAUUGUGUGUUGUCAGAAUGUUCAACAUGUUGAACUUGAGAGUACAAACUAUUGUCUAUUGCAAUACUUCAGUAUGUAAUUUACAAAAUUUGAUGGAAAGUCUAAAAAAAUUCCACAAUAGUGUGUUUGGAUUUCAUUUAAUUUCCAUGUGACACAAAUAAUUAAUAUUUCCCAAUCAAAUUAUUUUUAUAUACUUCAAAUAUUUUUUAAAAGUAUUUUUUUACUGAAUGUUUACAUUAACAAGAAAACAUAUGUUGAAAUAAAAAAAAGCUUCUUAAAUACACAGGGUUGAUAUAUUAGAAGUUUUAGUCCUAGGAGCGCUUGCUAAAGAAGGAACGAAACGGUAAUGGAAUAUGUUUUGUGCAAGUGCACCAAUUUUGUUGUGUUGGUGCUAGAGAGAUAUGGUUAUAAACUGUGAAUAAUAUUGUUUUAUUGAUGGAAUGUUUAUUUCAGUUUGACAUCCAGAAGAACAUUCCUAAAUAGUGUAUAGUGCUGAUUAUUAAAAAAUGGGGAAAUGGGAAGUUUGAGGUGAAUUUUAUUGUAAACUGCAAAGCAGUGAAUCAUCCCUUACUGAAUGGAAGUAAAAAAGUUCCUUGAAGCGGUAAAUGGUGACCAUUUCUGAACUAUUAUUUUCAAACCUGUGGAAAUACAGUGGGUUCUAGCUAAUUUCAUCAUUCAUUUUUUGAUGUGAUCUAGAGACGUCUCUCUUAAACUUCUGAUUUGAACCAAUGAGGAAAAUUGAUAUAUAUUAAUGAUUAGUUUUCUUUAGUAUCUGAAAUAUUGAAAGGAGGACAGUUGUGUAAGGUUGUGAAUUUCUGGAUACUAACAAGUGUUUUCAAAUGUUCCAAAUAACUGUGCAAUCACACUAUUCUAUUGUAUGGCCCAAGACAGAAGAGAUUGCUGAGAAGCCAUUGAAAUAAGCCGUCUUUAUUUGAAUGUUUAUUACACAUUUUCUCAUUGAUUUGAAUUUUAGAAAAAGCAGAUUGUUUCCAAGUACCUCUUGGUGUUCAAUGUAUAUUAUCAACAUAUUCAUUCUUGAGAUUGUGAACAAAUUUUUGCACAUUCCCAGACAACUGUUGACAAUAAUAAUGGGUCCUAUGGUUAACUACAAUUUUUUCCCUAAUGUGUAUUUUUGUAUAUCGUAGUUGUAAUUGGGGAUAUUCAACUUCUGAUCCUUGAAGUAUCGAUACUUGUGUUUUCUAUUAAAUGGAAUAGAUAUUUUGAAUGGUUGAUCCAUACCAAAAGUGACAUGUGAUUACUAGCCUAUUAUAAAUUGAUUGUUUCAGUCAUUAACAUUUUAUGCAGUUGUUUCCUGCAUUAAUGAACUGAUGCUUAGAGUAAAAAAUGUUGACUUUUUGAUGCUUUUCUUUGUUGUUGGUAUGGAUACCAAAUUUUAUUCCAGCCAAACUGUUAUAUCCCUGGUUAUAACAGUAAUAAUAAGUGAAGCAAUUUCAGGCAUAACUCCAGAUUUGAGCAAUUGCCUGUUAUCAUUGAACUUGCAUAAUUUCUUUGGUUUCCAUGUUGUUUCACUUCAUAAUAUAAGAAAACAAGUGAUGUUAAAGAAUAUUCUAUGCUAAUAAAAUUCUGUGCUCAAGUCCUUUCAGUGUAAAUAGAAUAGAUGAAUUGAUGAAGAUAGGAUGUCUGACAAGUGUUAUCCAGAUGCAUUUAUCAAGGAAAUUGUUUUUCAUUGUAGAAUAUUCUUUUAAAUCCAAAGCAAGAAUCAGAAUAUAUGUGUUGUGUGAUAGUAAUGUGUCAGGAGUCUGAAUAGUUGGUAGUAUUUUUUAUGGUUGUUUCUGUUGUUACCGUAAUAUCAAAAGCAUACGUUCUUCUGUUAACGGUGUUUAUGCUGGCAUUGAUUGGUUGUGAAUUUAUGUUUUUGGAUAAAUUUGAAACAAAGUAUAUUUUGAUGUAGUUUUCAAUAAAGUAUUAUUACAAAUUUGUCCAACAAAAUCUCUAAAAAUUUCUUGUCUUCCAUGUUUAAUAGUAGUUCUUGGAGGCUAUUGUAAAUGUUCCCUGAAUCGCUUAGCUGCCUCAUUGAAACAGGAAACAUAUCAACUUGGAAUACCCAUCCUCAUCUCUGAGCAGCAUGCACAAAAUCUUGAAUGCAGAGCGCUGUUAGUGCCUUUUAAUGUUAAUUUGUUAAAAAGCUUCACACUUGAAACACUUCUUGUUAUGUUUACAAUUUCAGUGAGAAAAAAACAACAUAAGAAACAGUUGAAAUCAUCCAAAAAGUUUUUUCACUGUAAGCAGAUGAAAUCUAAACAUUUGUACAAGC